GGGACAUUCGAUCACAAUUUAAUGCCGCUUCGACGAAUAACACUUUUUAUAUGGCGGGAGGCACUGAUGGUACCAACAUGUACAAUCUUUCCGACGUUUGGGAAUUUCAGAUAACUGGGACGCUAUCGUCAAAUUUGGCAAACGAUCUUUAUGGAAGCUGGACAAGCCAAACAGUCGGCAAUGCACCAGGAAAGGUGGAUCAGGCGGCAACCGUAGUAUAUACUUCUGUCGUCUCCGUAGGAGGUUGUGAUACUCCUAAUGACUCCAACGAAUCAUGCGCAGAACCAGAUUCUUAUGUCGUUGACCCGGGCGAUAAUUCUGAGAUUUCGCCACCUGCAUGUCCGGCUCCUCGUUUUGGCGGGACAGUAGUGCCAAAUCUCAGCACCUUUUCAGGGAAUUAUCCGACGCAAGUUUUCCUCUUUCUUGGCACUUUCAAUUCUACAUAUUGGAACGACCAGGGAGGUUCACAAAAGGGCGAA